GCUUUCACUCAACACCAAUGGCGGUCGGAAGUGGGAAGAAUUGAAUUCCUAGCGAGCGAGAGAGAGAGAGAGGGAAGGAAGAUGUCGGGAAUGGGAGACGGGUACGUGGGUACGUCGCAAGAUGGGGUGAGGAUACGGAGGCUGCAGAAGCAAAGAGAAGCUGAACGGCGUAAGAUCCAGGAGUUGAAGAGCAAGACUGCCUCCGGGCAGGAGCAAUCAGGUCUUCUCCAAUUCGGCUCCAGCUCUUGCGAGAUUCUUGACACUGCUUUCAAGAAGGAAACGGUCGGUUUAGUCACCAGAGAGGAAUAUGUGGAGAAGAGGGUUAAUAUUCGUAAUAAGUUCGAGGAAGAAGAGAAGGAGAAGUUGCAGAAGCUACUCCAAGAGGAAGAGGAGCUUCAACAACAGAAGCGUAGCAAGAAGAGAAAGAUCAAGGGAAGCUCCCGCUUAUCUUUUUCUGAAGAUCUUGACGAUGACAGUGAUGCAGAUGAUGGAGAAAACACUAACUUGCGCUUCGGAAAACUUGGCAAGGACCCCUCAGUCGAAACCAAUUUCCUGCCUGACAGUGAGCGGGAGGCAGAGGAACAAGCUGAACGCGAAAGGCUAAAGAAGCAGUGGACUCGUGAACAAGAGCAGAUUAAAAACGAGCCUCUUCAGAUUACUUACAGUUACUGGGAUGGGACGGGCCAUAGACGAGUUAUCCAGGUCCGAAAGGGUGACGCAAUUGGGAAUUUUCUAAGGGCAGUUCAACAGCAGCUUGCCCCAGACUUCAGGGAGAUCCGGACGACAUCAGUUGAGAAUUUGCUAUACGUAAAAGAAGAUCUUAUAAUCCCACAUCAACACAGUUUCUACGAGCUGAUCAUUAACAAAGCUAGGGGGAAGAGUGGACCGCUGUUUCACUUUGAUGUGCAUGAAGACGUGAGAACAAUUGCAGAUGCAACGAUCGAGAAAGACGAGUCGCAUGCGGGUAAAGUGGUGGAGAGGCAUUGGUACGAGAAGAACAAACAUAUAUUUCCUGCUUCCAGAUGGGAGAUAUACGACCCGGCGAAGAAAUGGGAGCGGUACACAGUCCAUGGGGAUUGAUUGAUAAUUUGGAGCAGAAACAUAUGCUUUUAUUGAUGGAUGGAUGGAUCACUUGGAAUCUUUGUUCACAUGAUGAUGAAUUAUCAGAUAGUAGUAGCAGUGGAAUGCUAUUUUUUUUUUUAAAGAAUGCUUAUUGUCGCUCCUCCUUGAUACCAUUUCUUUAUGACCUCUCUUUAUUACUUAAAAAAAAAGAAAAACUUGUUUAGUUUUGUUAUUCUUUUUCAUAUAUAUGAUAAUAGUAUUUGUGUGAGAUGCUGUUGUGAUUAGAUUUAGAGUGGGAGGGGGCAUGCACAUAUAUUAAAAGAAUGUUUCAGAUGAUUAUACUUUUGACAUAAAGUAACAGAUUUGAUAUUUAUUUAAGAAGCGUGAGUUACUAACCUCCUUAAUGGAAAUCGAGAGGAUUAGAGAGAUUGAGAUGAAGAGCACCAAAGGAAAUCGAAAGCUUCAAAGGCUGAGAAACGUGCUGUGAGAAAAAAUAUAUAUAUUUAUGUGUGUUUAUUUCAUGAGUAAUGAACCAAUUUAUAUUUUAAAGAUACAACGUAAAGUUAUAAUUUUAUGAAGACUUGCAAUAUUUUUUUUUUUUGGUUCAACUACAACUUUCAUUAACCAAAUGAAAUUACAUGAUUUUGAUCUUACGAAAAUUAAACUACACAUACAAUAAAAUGAUUUAAUAUCAUAUAGGAACACAAAGAUGGAUCCUACGCUACCCGAAUCGAUACUCCAUUAUAUUUGCACCCAAGGAGAACAAGCUCACUCCAUAUAGAAGACCUACGAUAUUUUAGAAGAUAAACAUCAUAGUUAUGUAAUUAUCGAUAAGUGAAACAAGUAAUUGUGUGAUGUAUAUUAUUAUAAACAAAGUAACAAAUCCUCAAAUGAAAGACAAAAAAAGGGAAACGCUGUCGUUUCGUCGAGUUUCUAUGGUUGUGAUUUUUUUCAUUCAGAAAUAAUAAUAAUAAUCUUAUUGGUUGCAUUAGCAUAAAUAGCAUCAUCGAUGGAGGACGAGUGUUUGUUGUUCUCCUUGUGAAAUUGCCGUUGACCAGAGGGAAACAAGAAAAAAGAAAAAGAGAGAGGCGAAGAAGAAGAUGAAGAUGAAGAUGAAUGUUAGGGUUUUGUUUCUGGCUCUCCUUCUCCUCGCAUCUCCUCUGCUCCAAGUUGCUAGAAGUCAAGCGGACGAUGAUCAUUCCAGUCUUGUUGACGAUGUUGUCGGAGAACACAGUGAUUCUGGUGCUGACGAAGAUGACCAGGACUUGGAUAUCAACUUGACCUCAGCUCCAGGAGUUGAAACUGUCUGUGUUUUCCC